UCCAGUCGGUGGAAAGAUAGAAGAGCAGCAAGCCUGGCGGUUGUUGAGGUGGCUAUGAAAGGCAAUGCACUCAUAUGAGACACGCUUUCACUCCAAAUUACGCAUUUUCCCCGUUGUGGUGCUCCGAAUGCCGGGAUACGUUGUCUAGUGAGGGGAUUUUAUUAAACGAUAGACCAAAACACCGUCAACUUGACGGACCCAAGUGACGCUAGCUUUGUUUUAAUAGCCAGCUAGCGUUAACGUGAAAGUGCUUUAUCGAGAGGUGUCGUACUAGCGGGGAGCAACUCGGCUAGUUUGUUGCCUCGGAGGUGCUAGCUAACGAGCCGUGCUAACGUGAUAGCUGCCCGACAGAAGGCACACAGUAGCUGUUGGUGGGAAACCAAACAGAGGGAGCUGAGAAAACGACUGAGCCGCUAACGGAUGCCUCAACAAGAAGACCACGUUUUUGACACACGACAAGAAAAGGAGCCGCUGGUGGACUUGUCGGUUGUUUCGUCUACACAUCCCCGAGGUUGCAGCUGGUCCAGAUAAUCCACUGACUUAAGUAGACCCAAGGCACAACUCAUCCUACACGUCUAGAGGCUGUGUUUCUCCAGUAAGUCCCCUGUGACCAUAUGACCAGCCUUUGUUAUUGUUGGGAGAGUCGGUCCUUGCAGUAGGGCUUAACGUGGAAAAGAGCACAGUUUGGGCUGAAGAGUAAAACCACAGUGAGAAUCCAUGUCAAGCCCUUCUCCUCCUCAGACAGCCUAGCGAAGGUCCAGGAGGUAGCAAGCUGGCUUUUGGAAAUGAACCAGGAUCUGCUGUCGGGGGGCAGCAGCAGGCGACGGCGGGGGCCAGGGGGCCCAGCAGCGCGAGGUAACGCCUCCUCUGCGGCCCGGACACCCCAGCAGGCGGCAGAAGAGGGUGAUGAAGAUGAACACAUGAACCGGGUGGUAGAGGAGGAAGGGCAGCAGCAGCAGCAAAGGCCUGAGCUUGCAGAGGUGGAUGGAGAGAGAGAACCAACAUGGGCACCCAGUGAGUCGGGAGCCAGCAACGGCCCUCAGGGAGAGGAGGAGGAAGAUGAGGAUGGCCCACCGAAUGAAGUAAAUGGAGUUAGAAAAGGAGCUGGCUGGAUGUGGGGGGCAGAACAACGGCGUGCACGGGCACAGCAGCAGGGUGAGGAAGAGGAAGAUGAGGAAGAGGAAGAGGAAAACAACAACAGUAGCAGCCAGCAUGAGGAAGAGGAGGAGGAGGAGGAGAGGACAGAGGGAGGGGAGGAGCGAGGAAGGGAGGAGGUAGAGGAGAGGGGAGAGGUUGAGGAGGAAGAGGAGGAGGAGGAGGAAAUGGACCAGGACAGCGAUGACUUUGAACAGUCAGAGGAGAGUGGGAAGGAGGAAGAGGAGGAAGGGGAAGGAGAGGAUGGGCCACGGUCUCCCUCCCUCAAGAACAAUGUGUCUGCCCCCAAUAACAACCUGGACUCGGGUUGUACACACCAAAGGUCACCCAACAAAAAGAAGAUGAAGAGAAAGUUGGACCAUGGUCCCGAGGUCCGAUCUUUCCCUUCCGGAAAAAAGCCCUGUAAAGGCCCCGAUUAUCCAAGCCCAACAGGAAUUGUCCCAUGCCCAGCCACCCCCACCACUUUUGGACACAUCAGAACAGCCAAUGGCCAGGGGCAACAAAGACGGCGUAUCACCUCCAUCCAGCCACCCACGGGUCUCCAAGAAUGGCUCCGAACAUUUCAGAGCUGGAGUGGCCCAGAGAAGCUGCUGGCGCUGGAUGAGUUGAUUGACAGCUGCGAGCCCACACAAGUCAAGCACAUGAUGCAGGUGAUUGAGCCACAGUUUCAGCGAGACUUCAUCUCCCUGCUGCCCAAAGAGCUGGCUUUGCAUGUGCUGUCAUUCCUGGAACCGAAAGACCUACUCCAAGCAGCCCAGACAUGUCGCUACUGGCGCAUUUUAGCCGAAGACAACCUGCUGUGGAGGGAGAAGUGCAGGGAGGAGGGCAUUGAUGAGCCCUUGCCUCUCAAGAAAAGGAAAAUAGUCAAGCCAGGCUUCACCCACAGCCCCUGGAAGAGUGCCUACAUCAGGCAACAUAGGAUCGACACCAACUGGAGGAGAGGGGACCUCAAAUCACCCAAGGUGCUGAAAGGUCAUGACGACCAUGUGAUCACCUGCCUCCAGUUCUGUGGCAAUCGCAUUGUCAGUGGCUCUGAUGACAACACGCUCAAAGUCUGGUCAGCAGUCACAGGAAAGUGUCUGCGAACGCUAGUGGGCCACACGGGGGGCGUGUGGUCCUCCCAGAUGCGAGACAACAUCAUCAUCAGCGGCUCUACUGACCGCACACUCAAGGUCUGGAACGCAGAGACAGGAGAAUGUAUCCACACCCUCUACGGGCAUACCUCAACAGUGCGCUGCAUGCACCUGCACGAGAAAAGGGUGGUCAGCGGCUCUCGUGAUGCCACACUCCGUGUGUGGGACAUUGAGACAGGCCAGUGUUUACACGUCCUCAUGGGCCACGUGGCCGCAGUGCGUUGUGUCCAGUACGAUGGACGACGGGUGGUCAGCGGUGCCUACGAUUUCAUGGUCAAAGUCUGGGACCCCGAGACGGAGACAUGCCUCCACACACUGCAGGGCCACACCAACAGAGUCUACUCAUUACAGUUUGAUGGGAUCCACGUGGUGAGCGGCUCGUUGGACACAUCUAUAAGAGUUUGGGAUGUGGAGACGGGUAACUGCAUCCACACGCUAACGGGCCACCAGUCCCUCACCAGUGGCAUGGAGCUCAAGGACAACAUUCUGGUCUCUGGCAAUGCCGACUCCACCGUUAAGAUAUGGGACAUCAAGACGGGCCAGUGCCUACAGACACUUCAAGGUCCCCACAAGCAUCAGAGCGCCGUGACGUGUCUGCAGUUCAACAAGAACUUUGUCAUCACCAGCUCGGAUGAUGGCACGGUCAAGCUGUGGGACCUGAAAACGGGCGAGUUCAUCCGAAACCUGGUGACUCUAGAGAGCGGUGGUAGCGGCGGUGUGGUGUGGCGCAUUCGGGCCUCCAACACCAAACUAGUGUGCGCGGUGGGGAGCCGCAACGGCACCGAGGAGACCAAGCUGCUGGUGUUGGACUUUGACGUCGACAUGAAGUGAGAUGGGGGGGAGGGGCAAACAAGAGAGUGAAAGGGCAAAGAGAGGAAAGAGGGGCGGCUGCAGAGAGGGGUAACGGGUGGUGUGGCACCUCCGAAGCAAGAGGGCCAAGGCCCAGGACUCUUCACGCAACCACUCGCAAGAGUUUCCAUCGCCAAUACCCUAUGACCACCACCGCUAUCGACGGGCUGUCUUGUCCUCUGCCAUCGGUAUCUUCUCCACCCCGUUGUUUGGCAAACGUUACUGACAAAGCCACAGACCCACACAUCUGUUCAGCACCCGAUUUUGACCCCUCCCACCAAUACGAGAAAGAGUCUGAAGGUUUUGGGCUGAAAAUGGGAGGCGGGGGGGGUUGAAUGGUCUGCCACUCGGUGAUGGAGGAGGAAGACGAGCUGAAGGACCGUUUCAUCUGUCGCUGAACUCUUUUGAAAUGACUCUCCGCCUGUACAGCCAGGGGCAGUCUUCGCACAGAGACUUGUUCACUCAAGCCUGACAGUCAGAUGUUGAGAUGUAUUAAGAUAUAUUAUUUUUUACCCAUCCCCCUCCCCCUUUCACCCAUCCCCCCUUCGCCCUUACAUGGCUUACCGUCGGAUGGAAAAAGCUGAAAAUAGUAUAUAAGGAAAAGAUGGGGGGGGGGUUACCAUUGUCACGAGCACAGUCCAGUGGAGAGGUUUUCCGGGUGAAUUUUCACUCACAGUUUUUACCUAGAGCUGCUUGACGUAAGAGGAGAGGAAGUGAGGAAGGAGAGUCGGGCUCCCUAACAGGGGAGACGUCCGCCUAAAAAAAAAAUCAGGCUCUGUAUCUUUUCACUCCAUUUCUGUUCCUUGUUUCCAGUUCUUCACUGUGGGUUUUUCCAGUUUGAUUUUUCUUUUUUCUCCCCCCCCACAUUGUCAAACACAAACACAACUGUGAAUUUCCAGCUCAUUUGGAACGUUCAGUUUAUCCUAAGCAAGAGGUUCCCGUUUCCUUUUCUUCUCUCCUCGUUGCCAGCAGCAACAUAUCCCAGUAUUAGAACCCGCUUUAAGUUUUCUGUCAUCUAUCUCACCACAGGGUUGUUGGUUUUUGUUUGUUUGUUUUGCCCCCCCCACCACCACCACCACCACACCACACACAUAGCUGUGUCUGGAGUGCUGCCUCCUCCUCAUACACGUAGAUGCUGUCCUGAAUUUUUCAAAACGAUUCUGUCUGGAGUGACUCCUCUGUGUCGGUGCUGCAACGAGAGGAGGUGAAGGCUCUCCACUCGAGGCACCGCAGAGUCUUGGCCCUGCCCCCUCCGCCUUCUCCCCAGUACUGUUUUCCCCCAGUGGCCAAACUGUAUUUAUGCUGCUAGAUGAAACGAAACAAAAAAAAAGAGAGAGAGAGAGAGAGAGAGACAGAACUUUAACUUGCUGUGACGUUUUAGUCCCAGACAAAAUUCCAAAUUGAACUCUAUGUUUGGACUUUUUGAAAGACGCAAAGAAACAUGAUAACAGAUAACAUC